AACUGACUUCUGCUCUCCAGCGCGCGCUGGGUAGGCAACCUAUUACCCAGAUUACGCACAUUAGACAUCACGCACGCAUCUAGUUAUUUUGCAACUGCAAGACAAGUUGUUUUAUUUAAGCUUAAAGUCUGCGUUGCUGUCAUUUUCACUUGCGUUCGCUAUACAAGUUAUCAGGGCGGUGAAACCCUGACCUCCGUCCUGCCGCAAUCCGGCGGGUGUUAAGAUCCAUGGAAGUGGCCGGUUUUUACGAGGGGGACUACCUCGCCUUUCACAGCACCCAUACCAACGGCAAUCCGGUAAGCGACGGUAUUUGCAAGCAGCCCAUUAACGGCUCCAUGACGAAGCUUCAUGACAUCUCUGAGCACGAGAAAGCCAUAGACAUCAGCAUCUAUCUGGACUCUCAGUAUCAGCAGCACCUGGCCAGCCAGGACGAAACCAGGCACCGCGGACUGGGAAUCUACAGCGACUUUCUCUCGGAGGAAAGCAAGAGCAAGAGAGCCACCGCGUUACAAAACUACAAGAACUACAUCUCGCUGACCGAACGGGACCCGAACCAACUGGCUUAUCCUGAGAUACAGGAGUCGCGCAUAGACGCGGUGUUCAGUCCGGACUUUUUGGGCAGCUUCGCCAAAAGUACCUGGCGGCACGACCACAACGAGGAGCCUCAAAUGGAGGGUCCCGGAGGUUUUGACAUGCGCUCGUAUCUGCAGUACCAGAACGCUCCGAGCGGCAGCCUGGGUAACAUCUCCACCGCGUCCUCCUCGUGCUCGAGCCCACCGGGCACACCUGCGCCGCCAGGUAAGGGGAGAUCGCCACAGCCUGGCGGCAAAAUGGCCUCUGGUGGCAAGGGAAAGAAGAGGUUGGACAAGGAAAGUGAUGAGUACAAACAGCGCCGGGAGAGAAACAACCUCGCUGUGCGCAAAAGCAGGGACAAAGCCAAAAGGCGCAACAUGGAGACGCAACACAAAGUGCUGGAGCUGGCAGCGGAGAACGACCGCUUACAGAAGCGCGUGGAACAGCUGUCCCGUGAGCUGGCGACGCUGCGGAACCUGCUCUCAGCUACCGGUCAAUGCUGACGGGACUCUUAUACAGACAGAGACUGUCAAAAGACUUUAAAGAGUGCCGAAUUUACAAAUAAAGUGUCCUGUGAUCGAUUAUGAACGAGCGAUUGCUCGUUCAAUGCGUUUACAACCGAGAGAAAACAUGAAUGUUGACUGUGCGACUGGAUUGCGCAAUCUCUCAAUCGUGUGCUUGGUAAUUUGGAAAGCCUGUCAUGUAUUUCGUUUGUAAAGUAUUUUUGUACGGGUUUUAAAGUGAGAUAUCUACUGUUUAAUAUUCUGUUAUUUAAAUCUUUUUGCCCGUAUCUGGGGCACUGGUUGUCAUGGGAAGAGUUUUACUGCAGAGGUAUGAUGCAACUCAUUGUAACAGUAUUGGAAACGCAGUGAAGUAGUCUUAUAAAGACGGUAAAAGUACAACUGGUCUACUGCUAUAUAAUAUUUUAUUGAAUUAAAUAAUUUUUACGCCACUGAAA